CGGCCGCCUCAGCUACCAGGCCCGGGAGCGGGACGUGGAGCGCUUCUUCAAGGGCUACGGCAAGAUCCUCGAGGUGGAUCUCAAAAACGGCAGCCAGAGAUGUUGCAGCCAGCUGAAACGGGGCUCCCUGUACUGCUGUACGGGGCUGUGAUGCCAUCAGCUAUUGCAGGGGAGACUCUGAAGCCUGAACUUGGGUCUUGGAAGCACCUUCUAUUUCAGGAGCUCACGCCAUUUGCAAACACUGAUGUGGGUGAACACCUCUGGUUCAGAGUUCGAGGAAACUGAGAUAGCGCGAGAUUACCUAACUUCUAGCAAAGCCUGUGACAGAACCAAGAAUGGAACCCAGGUAUGGCUUUGUUGAGUUUGACGAUCUGCGUGAUGCAGAUGAUGCUGUUUAUGAGCUAAAUGGUAAAGACCUUUGUGGGGAGCGAGUUAUCGUUGAGCAUGCCAGGGGCCCCCGACGUGACAGCAGUUAUGGUUCUGGACGCAGUGGAUAUGGUUAUAGAAGAAGCGGAAGAGAUAAGUACGGUCCUCCCACCCGUACAGAGUACAGAUUGAUCGUGGAAAAUCUGUCAAGCCGUUGCAGUUGGCAAGAUUUGAAGGAUUAUAUGCGUCAGGCAGGCGAAGUGACAUAUGCAGACGCACACAAAGGGAGAAAAAAUGAAGGUGUGAUUGAGUUCAAAUCCUAUUCGGAUAUGAAAAGAGCCCUUGAAAAGCUGGAUGGGACAGAAGUGAAUGGCAGAAAGAUUAGGUUAGUGGAAGACAGGCCUGGAUCCAGACGGCGCCGCUCCUAUUCCAGAAGCCGAAGCCAUUCGAGGUCUCGCUCUCGAAGCAGACACUCUCGGAAGAGCAGAAGCCGUAGUGGCAGUAGCAAAAGCAGCCAUUCCAAGAGUAGAUCAAGAUCCAGGUCUGGGUCCCGUUCCAGAAGCAAGAGCCGGAGUCGAAGCAAGAGCCGUAGCAGAGGCCAAAAGGACAAAAGCCGGAGUCCAAGCAAAGACGAUAAAAGUAGGAGCCGCAGCAGGAGUGCGGAGAAAACCCAGAGCAAAAGUAAAGACAAAGCGGAGGAUGCCGUCCAGAACAACGACGACGCAAAAGCAAAGAGCAGGAGCCCCAGCAAGGAAAAGAGUAAGAGUAAAAGUAGGAGCAGGAGUGGGAGCAAGGAGAGAGUGGAGGAAGAGAAGGAGAGCGUGAGGAGGAGUAGGAGUAAGGAGAAAAGCAGGAGUAAAGAGAGGGAGAAGAGCAAGGCUAGGAGCAGGAGCAAGAGCAGAGAGGAGAGUAAGAGCAGGAGCAGGAGUCGGAGUAAGAGUAAGGAGAAGAGGAAAGGACGGAAGAGGAGUAGGGAUGACAGCAGAAGCAGGAGCAGGAGCCGUAGCAAGAGUGAGAAAAGCAAAAGGCGCAGCAAGCGAGACAGCAGAUCUAGCAACAAGAAGAAAAAGAAGGAAGACCAAGAGCGGUCUAGGUCUAGAUCCAGGUCCAGAUCCAGAUCCAGAUCGGAGUCCAAGGAAAAGGAGCAGCUAAAACCAGAAUCUGACAAAAAGGAGGUAAAAAAUGAGGGUGAGGAAAUGGACAAAAGUCAUGAGUCUCGGUCCAGAUCUAGGUCAAAUUCUAAAUCCAAACCAAAUGUCAAAUCAGAAUCUCGGUCCCGAUCAAAGUCAAUUUCAAAAACUAGGUCCCGGUCCAAGUCUAGAUCUAGGUCUGCCUCUAAAUCACCAUCCAGAUCUAGAUCAAGAUCUCGUUCGAGGUCCUAAACUUGCUGCAACCACACUUGAAACUAUAUGAAAAGUCUUUUGUACAUGUUUGGUAGUUGUAGCACAAGUGAUUGAAGUAGAACACAUGUCAAUGCUGUACAUUUUUAACUACCCUAAUGGUGUGUCUGUAAUUGUUCAGUACAGGGCUCCUUCUCUGCAAUGCUUUCUGGAUCAAGGCUAUGCAGCUCAUUUGCUGGCUUGUAGAAAGAUCCCCUUUAUAACACAAUCCUCACUAGAACACCAAAAUCCCCUUGUUUUCCAAGAACAGCCUUGCAGAGAGGAAGCGCUGUACUUUGAUGGGUUUAUAAGGUUGGAAUGAUGACUGAUAGGUAGGUAUGGUGACUUCAACUAUUUUUGCCCUUGAACUGAUGCCCUUUGAUGUAUGCCAUUUAGUGAAAGUGCUAAGUCUUAAGUUUCAUACUACUUUUGGUUUCAUAUUUUUGGAUUUACAGAGUUGUGAAUAGCACAGUCAAGGAAAUAGAUACCUGCAGUAACCCAUAGGGGAAUAAAAAGUAGAGUUCCAUAUUCUGGUAUUGUGACAAUAUCCUUGUUUUAUAUUAAAUUUUUUUAUUUUAUUUUUCCCCGUCUUGCAAAGUACAGUGAUCCCUGUUUCCAUGAAAUUUGAAUAAAGACUAUUUUUGCUUGA